GAAUGCUAGUGGCAGAACAUUGGCGAAGUUUGCAUAAAAUCGCCGCAAGUUGCCUAGCAAUAUCAUACGAGCCUGCACAUACUUUUGUUAGAGAACAGAGCAAAAGUUAUUUUGUCGAUAACUUGAUAACUUAUGCCAAUGCGGGUCGGCGGCCGAAGUUCUACACCGUUUAUUUUGAUAUAGUGUCAAGACAAGAAAAUGAAAUCUCUCACAUAUGUUGAAGAUGUAUCCAAAGAUCUAUCUGGCUACACUCUUAUUUCGCCGUCUGUGAGCGUGGGUAACGUGGGCCAGCUGGCCGUCGACCUGCUGCUACACAACCUGCGCUGCCAGCGGCUGGGCGCCUUCGGACACCCCAGUCUGCAGCCGGUGGUGGGCACCCUGCCCGACUCGGACACCGACGGACAGACGCAUCUCAUGACUGCCAUGGAAGCUUACGUCUGUGAAAAGAAGAAACUGCUGGUCAUUCAGAUCCGUGCACCCAUAUCACCAAGGGGCCGUCUCUCACUGCUGGCCGAGCUGGUGCAGUGGGCGGCCGAGCGUGGUCUGAAGCGGGUCCUCCAACUGGCCAGCUGUCACGCGGCCGCCCGGCCCGACCCGGCCGCGCCGCGACUCUGCCACGUCACCGUCGCCGGAGACGAUGUCGACGCACUGACGGCACUGGCGCCGCCGCAGCCGGAGAUACCGCGGCCUGAGGGCGACGCGCACCGGCCGCCGCCGUACCUGCCCGGAGCCGGCUUCGUCCCGGACCUCUACCGAGCAUGUGAGGCGGCCAAAUUCCCGUACACGUGUCUACUGCGACACACCUACGAAGGGAACAACAUUCCCGAGGCGGUGGAUACCUGCAACUGCCUGGACUCCUGGCUCGGCCUGUUGGAUGAGAGCCAGAAGUCCCGGCCCGACCCGUACUCUGUGCUGGGUCGCUGGCGAACGCCGCCCACCUGGUCACACCUGUUCGGCCCGGCUCCCGACGCGUCGCUCUACUGAGGCGGGGUCACGGGGUACAUCGGUCUUGGCAUCGCUCCUCCAGCCGCUCAGCGCAGAGCCAGGUAGGGCGGGGGAGUGUCACUUGGCUGGACUGGCUGCUCUGACCCGCACUGGCGCUACUAUGUUUCAUCUGUCAGUGCUGCAAGUAAAGGUGGUAUAAUGGUUUGCUGAUGUUUUCUAUCAUGGUUUUGUGAGCGGGAACUGAAAACGGUUGUGCACUUUAAGCUGACUAGCCUUGAAAGACUUACGUCUUAUCGUAUUUUGUCAAUUGUUCCAGUGACUGUGUUCGGUGAGAACCUGAACUGUGAUGCGAUAACUUGUGGUGGUGUCAGCUCGUGUGAAUCGAAAUGAUGUGAUACCCGGGUGGUACCUCUCCAUUACGAAUAUGAGCCAUGGGCUGCUACUGUCCAAACUCCAAAUACAACAAAACACCAGCGAGUUGUGAUAUACUGGUGUACCACGAGUGUAAGUGUAUUUCUAUUAACGAUGGACAUAAAUACACGAGUCACAGCCAGA